CUGGAGAUUUGUGGUAAAACAUUGGAAGAUAUUAUUAUUUUAUUAUUUUUAUUAUUUUACGUGUAAUUCCAUCAUCUGGCAACACUGUGCAUUCAAUGCGUAUUCUCUGGUUCGAUGCUUGUGUUACAAAAUGGUAGUGUUCAGGUGUAGUGGGGGAGUUACGGGCCGACAGAGAAGCCAAAGCCAACUGUGCGUACUGCGCAUGACUAUUAGGCGGGGGAGGCAGGGGGAGGGCUGAACUUGUUGGUUCGUGUAGAAUUUGGUUGGAUUGGAAUUUUCGAAGUGAAUGUGUGAUUUGUGUGAAAGUAAUUGUUAUACGGGAGGUUUAUAAUUAUUUGAAACUGAACAUUAUUUUUACAGUGAAAGGGCGUAAUUUCAUCGCGGAACUUUUUUAAGUGAUACAAUAUAUUGAUUUACUUAGGAAAUGAACAUUUGUUAUUGAGAUAAUCGGUAGCAAGAUGCAGUUUAUGCUGUUGUUUAGUCGCCAAGGGAAACUCCGUUUGCAGAAAUGGUAUGUGGCACAUCCAGACAAAUUGAAGAAGAAGAUAACAAGAGAAUUAAUAACUACAAUUUUAGCCAGGAAGCCUAAAAUGAGUAGUUUUCUGGAGUGGAAAGAUGUGAAAGUUGUAUAUAAAAGAUAUGCUAGUUUAUAUUUUUGUUGUGCCAUUGAACAGAAGGAUAAUGAGCUGUUGACAUUGGAAAUAAUUCAUCGUUAUGUUGAGUUGCUUGAUAAGUAUUUUGGAAGUGUAUGUGAACUUGAUAUCAUUUUCAAUUUUGAAAAAGCAUACUUCAUAUUGGAUGAGCUUUUGUUAGGAGGUGAAAUUCAGGAAACAAGUAAAAAAAAUGUUUUGAAAGCCAUUGCAGCCCAGGACUUGCUCCAAGAGUUUUCAGAUAGUGUUGUUCACAUGAAGAAACACCGCAAGGGUUUUUUGAAGACCAUGGGCUUGGUUAAAGGAUUUUCAGUGUACUUACUAUUACAUGAAGUAUCCAGCUUUGAAAUACAGUUCCAUGGUAUGCUUGAGAAGACAACUUGUACUGCUCUUAACUCCCUUCCGUUUUUGUUAGAUGGUUGUUGAAUGUCUGAAGAGCUGUUGUAAGCAUGAAAUUGAAUACAAAUGCUCUUCUGUUUUGUUUACGGGGAAUUGUAUAUUUAACUGUACAUGUAAUGAAAUGCUUCAAAACUGUUUUUAUUUUUGGUAUGCACGGGAACACUUACCUCUGUACUGUGAAAUUUAAAUUAGAUCCUCUUAUCUUCCCUUCGGAAGCAGAUAUUUAGGUCUUGUACUCAUACAACAUGCAUUUUGACUGCAUAUUCUACAAUAUUUGGAUGACAUAGAAAUUUAUAUUAAAUUACUUUUAAAGCAGUGUUGUAUAUAUAUAUUAAACAUUCAGCAGAGAAAAGAUUUCCAUUGAAAAUACCUUGAAUAUACUUACCUCUCGUUGGCUAGUUGAAGUAGUGAAACCACAGGUAUUAAUGUCAGUAUUUAUACUUUUGUGAUAUUGCAAUAGAAAAAAUGUGAAAGGACAUGAUACUACAUUUCUGUGAUCUCUCUUUUCACAUUAUAGUUAACUGUAAUUUUCUUGUUAGUACUCUAAAUGCAGAAUUGACCCCCAAAGGAAAUAGAGAUUAAAGUUUCAACUAGAAAUAGAAAAAAAUGUUACAAGCCAUGUGCUUUCCCAAUAUUGCAUGGCCUGUGUACCAUUGGUUUAGCCUGGUUAAAAAAAUCAAAAGCUGCAUUUAUUCAUUACACUAUUUUUUACUAAAAGGUUUAUUGUUACUUCUUAUUCUGUUUUUACUCAUGCGUUCUUGAAAGACUGUGCAAAUUUUGUUUUAUGAUACAUAUGUUGGCAAUUUGUAGUUAACUAAUCAUUGUAUGAAAUUGAAACUGUAAUUAUCGCAGAAAAUAAACAGAUUGAAGAAACUAAUUUGGUGUCUUGUGACAGAAAAUUAAUAUGAACAAAUCGUAUAAAAAAUUUAUUACAUCAAUUACAUUUUAUUUCAUUCUAUAACAAUUAUGUUCAAAUUUUAUCUCAAACCCUAACAAACAAUGUAGAAAAUUGUUAUUCUUUUGAUGUUUAAAAUUCAUCUUCAUCACUUGAUUGCGUGUUGUAACCCAUUUGCUCACUCCACCAAUCCCGUACCUCCAACAAUACAUUGGAUACUUUGG